AUGGUUCGCGCUGCGCCGGCCACGAAGACCAAGCGGAAGCCCGCGGACUUCAAGCGGCCGAAGCGCAAAGUCGGUCGACGGGUCGCACCUGCUGCCAAUGUCACGUCCGUGGGCAUCACCUCCCGCCGCAUCAAUCUGCUCGAGCAGUCGCUGCUGCAAGACAAGAGCCACGCCGCGCAACUGACGCACCGGCACCAGGCGCUACCAGCGCUCCUGCAGCAGAUUGGACACUACAAUGCGCAUAUGCGUCAGCGCGCGCUGCAGGGACUGAAGGAACUGGCAGCGCAGGACACGGCCAGUAACUUGCGGGCCAACGCGUCGGUGCUGCUGGAGCGCUUUUUGCCAGCGCUGCUGGACGAAGAAGGCGUCGUGCGGGACGCGGCCGUGCAAGCGUGGAAAGCCAUGCUGCCCGUGCUGGCGCGUGCCUUGAAGCCGUUUGCGACGCUCGUGGUCACGUACUUUUGCAGUGGACUCACGCACUUGCAAGUCGGUGUGCGGCAAGACGCACUGAAAGCCAUGAACGAGCUCGUGGACGUUGCGCCUGCGCUCGUGCAACAAGAUGCUGGGCCAGCAGCUCAAAGUCGAUUGCUGGAAAACUUUCGCGACUUGAUUGGAGCGGCACAGACACAAGGCAUCCGGAUGAAGAACACCUACGACGUGUUGGCGACGGCUUCCGAGGCGAGCAGUAGUCGACGUGCAAAGCAAACAGAAGGACGGCAAAAAAUGAGAGGCUCUAAGAAAGCUGAAGGACCGUCGGGUGCACUGGCGCUGCGCUUCGUGGCGCUCAAAGUGCUGCAUAAAGUGCUGCUGUUGAUAAGUACUGAACCGAGAAGCAAGAGUGCGAAGGCGCUAACGCAGAGUGCACGGUCAGCUGCGGUGGUACCAACGACCAAAACACUGCUGCUGUACCCCGUACCGCAGCUUGUCGCGACAGGCAUGUCUGCUACUACUGCUUCGUCGAUGACAAACGCUGCAAGUACGACAGGUUGUGCGUCGUGGCAAGAGAAGACGCGUGCUUUGCUACCAGCUCUGUUGGAGUUGUGGCUGGAGUGUCUGGAUGGUAGCAGCGACGCGCUGUCGGACGUGCACGUGGAGCACAUGAAGUACAUUGUCGAGUGCACGACUGCUGUAGUAGGCGCCAACACGGACUUGCUGGAUGCGAAUGUCGAUGGAGCCAGAAAAAGUGAGUUUUUUCAGACAGUGUUGAAACUGCAGGAGCGACUUCUCGCACCAGAGAGCUACCCGAUGCUGCCGAGUGCGAGUGCAGCUCUUUCUGUCACUUCUGAUGGAUCAGGAGCACUUUCACGAUGGCACGGUUUGAACGUCUCGCUAUCAAAAUUGGCGUGCGCGUUUCUUCGUCUUCCUGCCUUCACGAGUGUUUCUGUCAAAGAUAUGCCGCAGGAUGAGACAUUAGAAGAACGCGUAUGCUCGUACGUUAUCACUACUCUUGCAAAGUACAAGGAAACGCACGAACUUCGUGCUGUCGCCAGUAUGCAGAAUGUACUAUGGCCUCUGCUUGAAGUCGUCGGGCUCAUUUUGGACUCUGCUUCACAGCGUAGCAAUCCUUUGGGCUCCGAACGGACAACGAAUGGUGAGCAGAUUCGCUUACUGGGCGCAGUGACCGAAUUCUAUGUGCUUUGCACGCCGAAGUCGGUGAGUUUUCGAACCUGCACGGCAUUCGUUAUCAGGCAGCUGGACACUGCGCUGCGUGGUCAACAGCGACAGAGCCAAAAGCUUGAGUGGCCAAUGGUGAUGCAGUGGGUGGUAUGCUUUGCUGAGCUCCUCAGUCAGCUUGACUUGCAGCACAUGGAGCUUGGCAGACGCUGUUUGCUUGCUUUGAUUUCUGUUCUGAAGCAGCUUCCUGCUGAAUUUGCGGAUGGCGAUCAGAUGGACGGCGUGUUGACAAAUCUGUCGAGUUUCUUCAACCUGGCAGCAGUUGUUCCUCCUUCGGUACCAGAAGACGAGCAACAAAGAAUGCCGGUGCGGACGCACUUUGAUGCCUUGGGUGCGGCGGACCAGCUAGCUUUCGCGGCCAUUGUGUAUCACCUACCGUGUUAUCCUGUGCACCUGUUGCGUGCGCUUGCAAGCUGUUGCAAGAGUCCACGCAUCUACAGCGAAGCAAAGAGCUUUCUCGUAGACGUUCUCUUCCAGCGGCGCGAGGCUGUGGAUCUUGCUCACAUCGUGAGCUUUUUCGUCAGCACAGCUCUUGCACCGGUUGAGGCAAAUGCUGACCAGCAGCAGCAGCAAUUGCAGCUUGUUGAUCAUGUAUGCCGCACGUUUCUUGCGAUGAACUUGGGGAGCUCGCUGCCGAAGAUUCUGGCGCCAACGUUGGCGAAAGCUCAAAGUCGCAAAGAAAUGACCUCGAUUGAACUGCACACAUUGAUGGUGCUAUAUCGCGCGUGCGUAUCCUCUGCUAUGAUUCACAGUGCUGAGGCUCACCAGCAGCGCUCUGACAUUCCCGAAGAAAUGGAGCGAGAGCUGCUGAGCUUAUGUGUUAAGGUUUUUGAAGACUACUUCGCGUCAUUGACAAGUGCGCAAUCAACACCGAUGGACGACAAUGAUACUCAACAACAGGAGCGAUUACUUGUACAAACGUGCGUAUCGACUCUUGCUCUUGGCGAGAGGAACAUCUUUGCAAAAUUUCUAGACGAGUUUCUGGUGGUGCAGCAGCUCUGCCCUAUUGUGACUUGUCGUUUGCGCGUGCUCCAAGCGCUUGUGCGAAGUCCAAACCUGGCAGGAGCAUUCAGGCGUCAUCAGAGCCAUAUGGAGAAGCUGCUGCAGUUGGUGGAGCAGCAACACGCUGACGAACGUGAUCUUGUGCCGCUUGUCCGGCAGUUGCGUGGAGACCUUGAGCUUCUUUCUGUCGGUCAGCUGAUCAACGACGACUGUUCCAAGUAG